AUUGAUCUAAGCGGCGUAAAGUGAACAGGCACUUGUCACUGUUAUAAGAGAUUAAAUCUUCGAAUAAGUUACAAUUUCAAUGGCCUUCCAAGCUCCACAUACCGGUCAAGAACUUGCUUCACAAAAGCAGAACCGUAAGAUUCUGGAGCAGCUUGAGGAGCAGAAGAAGAGGCUGAGGAUGGCAGCUCAGGGAGGGGGCGUGGCCGGAGCUGCUGGGGCAGUCAUUGGAAACUCUGCCAAUCUCAACCCAGCCCCUGCCCCUCCUGUCAUAGCAGGGGUAGUCCCAGGAGGACCAACAGUUCAACAACCACAACUGACCAACUUACAUAUGGGGGUAGACCAGCAGCACAUGACACCACAACAGAGGGCAGCCUUACAGCACGCUCAUGCCAACUCAGUGGGAUAUUUCAUCACUCAGGACUCCUCGUUUGGAAAUCUCAUACUGCCAGUGUUACCAAGAUUUGAAACCAAAUCUUGACAGGGGGAUAACUCUAAGGCUAUAUGUGCUGUAAAUGUAUGUCUGCUGGGCCCACGUGCAUCGCGAGCAACCCUAGUCUUACACACUUACACUCGACUUUACAAUCACAGUGUCAAAGUAUUAUUCCAAAUAGUCUUGUAUGGUGUGAUUGUAAGACUGCAUGGAUUUUAGAUAUUAAUCUUAUCUAAUGAGACGUGGACACCCACAGUGAAACUGGUUACAAAAUACGAGAUCACACUGUUCAGUCUUCAAAUAGGUCCCAUUUUAUUCGAGGAAAUGACUCAGACUUUCGUCUCUGAUACUCUCAGAAUUUAAGCCUAUUCAGUUUGAUAUGGACAAGAGAAAUAACCUACCCAUGUUUUAUGAAAGUGUUGAAAUACAAAUGGAGUACAUUAUUAAUUGGAAACAAAAACAUCAGGAGGGCAGACCUCAGCAAUUAUGAUAUUUCAAUGUACAUUGAUCAAGGCCCCCCAAACAGUGUUUGAUAUAAUAGAUAUACACAUGCUACCAACAGGACCCGCAGAUUUUAGAAGAUGCACAUCCUGACUAAUCUCUUCAGUCCCUCAUUUAAGAAACUGUUCUGACAAAUAUACCAGAACGUAACUUUAUCACAGGCCAUAAGGACUCACACAACUUCCAGACUACAUUCCUACCAUGAGAUCUACCUGCCUCGGACCUGUGGGCAAGCAGUUAAUUUGAACACUGUUUACCUGGCCUUGACAUGUAUACAAAGGGAAACCACUCCAAUCUGGAGUAUCAACUAAUGAUUACCUGCCCUUGAGUUGUUCAAAAGGUCACAGCCAUUACAAACACCUGCAGACAUGUUAUAUUUUUAUCCUUCCUUGGAUAAUUCAAUAUGGAGUUGGAAUGGUAUUUUUAACUAUCCACUUGAUAGUUUUGUGGCUUACAAUCUCAAAUUAGGAUAUAUCUGACAUGAAAUUUGUGAUGUGGUCUUUGAGUUGAUUUGAAUCAUAAAGUUUUUAACAAAAUGGAUUUGAAGUACCUUAGCGUAAAAUUUCUUUGUUUAAAUGGAUGAUGAUUGCAGGCAAAGAUGGAUAAUAAUUUUAGUGCUAAGGUUGUUUUAGGCAGGUGGGCCCUGGUGAUGUGAAACUGUCUCAAUGAUUUUGACGCUGGCAGUCAAGUGACGACAUGGCAGUCAUGUGAUGACAUUGCGGGUGCUUUAUCUUCAGUGAGAAUAAACAGUGAAAUCAGUGCUGGAUGCACCGGGAACUAUGACUGUUGGACAAUUUAAGCAAUGCAGCCAUGUUGGAAUGGCAGUUGAAAUGAUUUCGAUUUCUGAUGAUAUCUGGGAAGAUUAUUUUUGGCACAAAUGUGUUUUUGAAAUGAUCUUUUUGUAUCAAAUAUAAGACUGGAAUAUUUUAAUAUUCCAACUUGUACAAAUCUUGAGAUUAUUGAGAGAUGAUUUUGUAAUAAAAUAUGAAUGAACAA